ACCGAUAGCGGAAGUAGCCAUAUAGCUCGCGACUGCUAAACGUAGCGAACGUCGAUGCGAAGGUUCGACGCUAGCCUCACAAAGUUGUCAAUGUGAGGAAUCUACAGUCGAAGAGAUGGAUACAGCAGUCAUAUUUGUUUUCAUGACGGUUACCUUCCUGACCUCGCAGAUAAACUGCCAAGAGGCUAUCCUGCACAUUUCAAGCGCAAGCACAGAACAGGAAUUUUGCAUCCUUUACAAUCACUCAUGGACCCCCCUCCCGGAAAGCCUUGAUGCUACCGUGCCAUACCCAGUAGUGAACUUGACAUCCACAAUGCUGUGCGAUCCCUCAGGUGUCAGUCCAGAGGUGGUGAAGGGGAACGCGGUGGUGGUGAUGAGGGGGGACUGUACUUUCAGUCAAAAGGCUCUGGUUGCUCAGUCCCUCGGUGCCACAACAUUGCUCAUUGCAUCCAACAUAACCCUGAUCCCUCCAUCAGCCAAUGGCUCAGAGUACUCAAAGGUCCAAAUUCCUCUGGCCCUCAUGAGGUACAGGGACUUCGUGGAAGCUCAACGGGUUUUCGGUGAUGAGAUGCAGGCAAGGCUUUAUGCGCCGCCCUCCUCUUGGAUCGACGGCAGCAUCGGCGUCAUGCUGUUGAUCUCCAUUGUUACCGUUGCCUUAGGUGGCUACUGGAGCGGAGCCUGUGAGAGAGAGCGUUUGAAUUCGGGUGCAGGAGGAGCAAACGGAGACAACAAAGCAGAGAGCGGAGAUAUUGCCCUCUACUCUCCUUGCAAAGUGGUUAUUUUCGUCGGCCUCAUGUUUGGCAUGCUCUUCCUCAUGUAUUACUUCUACAAUAUUCUAAUUUAUGUCAUGAUCGCCAUAUUCUGCAUUGCGUCUGCCACCGCGCUCUUCAGUUGCAUUGAUGCGGUGUUGGAGAAAUUGGGCUGCGCCCACGGAAACUUCACCGUUCUCAAUGCCAACUUUUCAUUGAGAUCCCUCAUUUUGGCCUCUGUGUGCAUAUGCAUCUCUGUGGUCUGGGCUGUCUACAGGAAUGAAGACAGGUGGAUCUGGAUCUUGCAGGAUCUUCUGGGCGUUGCUUUCUGCCUCAACUUCAUAAGGACCAUCUCGCUCUCCAGUUUCAAGAUCUGCGUGAUUCUCCUGACCCUUCUGCUUGUUUAUGACGUCUUCUUUGUUUUUAUCACACCUUUCUUCACCAAGGAUGGCGUAAGCAUCAUGGUGCAGGUGGCUUUGGGCCCGGGUGCAUCAGAGGAGAAGAGACGAGGUAACGUUGUGGAGGUGCCAGCUGAACCCGAGACUCCUACUGAGACACUUCCUGUCGUGAUGCGUGUCCCGUGGUUCUCAGCCUGGGCUCAGAACUUGUGUGGGAUGCAGUUUUCCAUUUUGGGUUAUGGAGAUAUCAUUGUGCCAGGUCUUUUGGUGGCUUAUUGCAGCAGGUUUGAUGUUUGGAUCAACAGCACCAAGAAGAUCUACUUCUUCAGCUGCUGUAUAGCCUAUCUGCUGGGAAUGAUAACAACGUUUGCUGUGAUGUUGCUGUCGAGGAUGGGCCAGCCGGCUUUGCUCUACCUGGUGCCCUUCACCCUGAUAACCUCUGUGACAGUGGCGGCCUGCAGGGGUGAAAUCAGGCAGUUCUGGAACGGGACCUCCUAUGAGGUGUUGGAUUCCUCACAAGAACCUUUGUUGUCAGAGGCAAGAAGUGACCACCCAAUAGAAGCAGAACCCUGCUGACCUCCAAGUCAACUGUUGGAAUUUCUUAUUUGUAUAUUUUACUAUGAAAUUGACAAAGCAAGGGACAGUGAUGUAUCAAUACAUUCUUAGAUCAAUAUGGAUUAAUUUUGACUGCUUUGCAGAGCACAUUAUGUGUGGGAGUUUUUUGUAGCGUUGGAAAGGCUUUUUUCAGUGCCUCUUUUAUGAUUUAAGGAAGAAAAAAAUAAUCUGUCACAUCUUUGCCUACACAUCCUGCCUUGGAAAUGAUUGAACACAUAAUAAUAGAAAGCACUUUACAAGAAUUAUGAGUGUAGGCUGGGAGAACCAAGAAAAAAAAAACAGCCACAAGUUCCUUUUUGAUAACUUUGGAUUUCUGUGUUCGGCCUGGUUCACAUGAUAAGGAUAAUUAGCCCCUUU